UGCUUCGCAUCAAGGAUAACAUGGCAGCAGAAAAUGUCCAAAAUGAGAAGACACCAUCCCCUGUUACUCCAAAUCCAGCCAUGACUUCGUGUCGGAAGAAGAAGAGCGAACAAGCAACUUUUCUAGAAGACAUCAAGGAUCACAUGGAUGAAUUCAUUCAUGCUUCCAUGGAUGAACACAAAACUUGCUUCAAGAAGACCAUUCAAAAGAUGUUUGGCAUGUCAAAAAUUGUUGCGGAAAGGAAUGCUGAGGCUAAAGAGGUUGAAAGUUCUCUGCCCCUGCAAACAACAUUGGCUAAGUAAGAUUUUUGGCACAUCUUCACUUGACGGCUAGUAUCAAUAGAGUAGAAAAGAAUGACAUCUGACUUUUCACUAUGCUGUCAAUGUUCUAUUGAUCUACGGAAUGCUCUUGAUUUGUAACUUUCACUCUCUUAUUUCCACUGUCUGUAUUAGUAUCGCAAUUAUUGUGUAGAACUUGGAUUGGUUGAUUUCAUUGAAGUGUUUCUGCUGAAAGAUCGACCAAGUGUCAAGUGUUUAAGGAACAUUAUCGAAACUUUUAAGCUCGUAA